AUGCCUACUAUUGAACUAAAUUGCCUUAUUCAUGGUGAUACUCCUGAUGUUGCUAAUAUUUUUUCAGUUGAAGUAGAUGUUGAAAAAUUGAAUAUCCUCUUUGACGAUCUAAAUAUUAAAAAAAAACUUGGAGGCAAGAUAUUAAUUGAAAUGGAUAAGAUUUCCAAAUAUUUUCCUCACGAACUGGACAAAAAGUAUAUACAUAUUAUCAUUGAAUUGCCAGGUUAUCAGCUCACUUUUAAAAAUUGUGUAAAAAGAAAAGAACUUGUUCCUAUGGAUAAGAUUAUUUUAAAGAAGAUUUUUUCGAGCUAG